AUGAAGCUGGACGUCGUAGCUCACUUGAUGUUGUGGAAGUGGGACAAUGAAAGGCCACUCAAGAGGUUGAGGGCUCAAGUUGCGGCUGGACAACUUUUCAGGCUGCCCACUGGAGAUGAUGUGACAGUGCAGGGUGAAUUCCAGCGCCUCACAAAGACUAGCGUGUUGUGCGUGUUGGAGAUGCAUGCAAAGCGGAAACAGAAGAAGUACAGAGAGGACCCACCUGACACGAGGUCCCAGAGGUUUGAGUUGUUGCGGAAGAAGUAUGCGCUCCUUCUGGCACAGGUGAUGAUCAACGCAGAGUACAAGGCUUGGAAGCCAUUUGAACGUUGGUUGGAAACCCACAAGGGUUGUCUUUUCCCUCGGGAUGUGAGAGAUGCCAUUGACUACUUGCAGCACAGGAUCAACGAGGGGUGCGGGAAGACAGUCCCGGACUCAUUGAAUGCGACCUUGGUGUUGCUGGAGCAGACCGGCAGAGUGAUGGAGUGUAACAGGAUUUCAGAUGAUCCAGUGUGGAAGGGCCACAUCAAAUCGUGGUCAGCCGAGCUCGCAGCAGAAGCUGCACCGCGGAAGCCUGCAGAGAUGUACACGGUGGCCAUGGUCAUUUCACUUGAGCUCACAGUGGUGGACACGGCGCUCCCUGCAUUCCACCGCGCAUUGGCAUGGAUAGUGCUAUGCAUGCUCUGGGCAGCACUGAGGUGCGACGACGUGCAGGCGAUUUUGCCUCACAGGAGCAUGCUUUCAAAUUUUGGUUUGAGGUUGGUGCUCGGGAAGACCAAGACAACAGGUCCUGACAAGAUGCAGAAAGAAGUAGCGGCAUUUGUGUACCGUACAACUUCGAUUUCUGGUGAAGACUGGCUUCGAGCAGGCUUUGAAGUUUGGGAGUCAGAUGAGUUUCGGUUCAGACGGGACUACAUGGUUAUGGAACCAGCUGCGGAUUGGAGCAAAGUUAGGAGGAAGUUCCUGACGCCGGCUGGGCUGAGCUCUGAGAUUUCAAAGCUCUUGAGCCUUUUGUGUGUCCCACGGAGGGCUGGGCACGGUUGGGAGCUUAUGCCACAUGUUUUGUUGCUGCCAGAUGGUUUGGAGUCAUUUUUCAGUGGUCACAGUCCUCGAAACUUCCUCACUUCGAUUGCCGCUGCAAUUGGAUUUUCCAGGGAUGAGCGUGCAUUUCUUGGUAGGUGGACAAUGGGCAUGACAUCUGCUGAAGAGUAUGUGAGGACUUCUAGACAGGUUGUUUUCAAGAUUCAACGUGCUGUCAACCGAAGUCUUGUUGAAGGGAAGGAUGAGCAGUACUUCGAGGACGAGGCCAUCCAAAGGCUUUGUGAUGCUGCAGAGAUGUCAGGUGCAAACCCAAACAGAAUCAAGAAACGUCAUACGGUGUUGACAAACUGGUCUGGCCGCAAUUCUCUUGGUGGAAUUUUUCCAACAAUUGAGGUGUUUGAUGACGAUUUGCAGGAGCCUGACAAUUCUCUUGAGGCCCAGGUUGCUUUGGCAGAGUCGGUGGCCAAGUUGAAUGAAAGGGAGGCAACUCUUGCCCCAAAACCCACCAAAUACUUCAUCACAAUUUCCAGAAGGACUUCACUGAGGAGGUUGCAUUUGACUGGAUGUUUCGUCAAACCUGGACUGAUCUCACGCGACCUGUGCGCGCUUGUGUGGGACAGAAUGGACCCUGCAGCACAAAGGGAAUUUGUGAGAGACAACAUGGAUGCUGACAUGCAAUUCAUACUGGGAGAAUCAGGCGUUGGGCUGGAGAAUCAAGUUGCGAUUGCACGCCAUUAUGGCACCUUGCGCAAGUUUAGCGCACUGGGGGACGACAGAGCAGCUAUUCGAACUUCAUGCUUACAAGAUUUUGCCAUGCCGAACGACACACCGGCAGGCCGUGCACAAGUGGCCUCAGUCGUUGCAGCUUGGGAGACGGCGAAGGAGUACAUGGCAAAAGAGAUUGAGUUGAAGGCUGAAGCUAAAGUGCUGGGCCAACCAAGGGUGCUUCAGAUACAUGAGAGGCAGGCUAUGCUGAGAGCUGUUGAGGCAGUACAUGGCCAGCUCAACGACUCUGAGUGCCCGUCCUCGGACUACCUUUCUUUGAAGGCUGAGGAGACAGAGUGCAAUGAGCCGACGGCAGCACCGCUGGACGAGAUACUGAGCAAGCAGGCUUCUUCCAAUUCACAGAUCCAGUCGGCGGUGGACAAUACAGGCCACAUCAGGGUCACCAGGACCAAGACCAAGGCAAAGAUGCCGGUGUCAACGGAGGAAUACAGAAAGGUGAUGAAGGUGGAGACAUACGCAUGGCUUGCAAUGUCUUCACGUUACAAAGCAAAGCAUUGGUUGCAUGGAUUGACAGCGACACCGUUUCAAAAGUUCACCGAGUAUAUUUUGGGUGAUCGUGUGUAUGGGUUGCAGAUCCCAACAACAUCUUCAGAGACAGCUCAACAACGUGUCAAGCCUGACUGGGCAAUUGUUUUGGCUUACGAGCACAAGCUCAGGAAGGAAGCGAUGAAAAAGGUGUUGUCUGGGCACACCCUAUCUGACGCGCUGGAGGCUGUCAUUAAGGACCCGGACCUCAAAGAGGCGUACUUCACAACGCCCAUGGCAUUGCGUGCAUCGAUGCCUGAAGCGCAGCCUAACAAGUUCUUGCGCUACAACAACAAGGGUGGGUCUGGCAGUUUCAGUGGCAAGCAGUUUGCACCCUUCACAAAGGGAAAAGGGAAAGGAUCAAAGGGCAAGUCGAAAGGCAAGCCUGCAGACCCACGUCUUAAGGGAUUGAGCCUGGCUUGGAGGACCCCUGACCAACGUGAACUUUGUUUUGCUUGGAAUGCAGGGGAUUGUGAUGGCAGUUGCGGCAGAGUUCAUCAGUGCAGAGUCAAAGGUUGCUAUGCCAGCCACAAGGCGGUGGAUCAUGCCAAGGCCUCACAAUCCAAAGGUUUCAGACUGGAGUUGAUGGAAUUCGACAUUGAGCGUUCACCAGAGCAUGAUUUGACAGACGAGAAGUUGUGGGAGCGCAUUGGUGACCUUUUGAAGGAAGGUUUUCCUUGGCUCAAGAACCGUGACAUGCAGAAGGUGGAAGCAUCCUUCGGAAGGGGGUUGGUCGAUGAGUCAGUUCAGGCUCCUGGCAAGAGAAGGAGAUUACAAUCUGGCCAUACUGAGCCUUCAACAGGGCUGGCGUUGCAGUCCAGCUCAGUUGCCAAACAUAGCAUGGUUUCAGGGGAGCGAGGUUGCAAGCAGGUUGAGGAUUCUGGAAAAGAAAUGGGGGAGUCCCCCGCGCGACAGAGUAACAUGGAUGCAGGGUCACAAAGCAUUGAUGAUGAACAGAAGUGGCCUGACAAUGGAAGCGAUGAAUUUGAUUUGGCAGCCUGUUGCAAUUCUGGUACACCAAUUGGUGUGGAGUGGGACACGGUCCGGAGAGGUUUUAUCGAUGGUUUUGGGCUGUGCAGUCCAUGCAGGUGGAAACCUUCAAGGAGAGGGGAUGGACGUACAUCGGAUAUGGUCAAGUUGGCUGAUGAUACUUACAAGAUUCUUGCAGAUGCUGUUACUGCAGAAAUUAAGGAUGUGCGGCGAGAAGCUUUCAAACUGGUGACAGGCAAGUUGCUUGAGUCACCUUUCUCCGAGAGUUGUCUGGAGAGGGUCAGAUCGAAGUGGUUUGCAUUGCUGGAUGAUCCUCAGAGUGCGGCCGUGGUAGAUGAUGGACAACCAUUUUAUUUGAGGGCACUUUCUCAGUGGCUCAAGCGUUUCAAUGAUCCAGAUGUUCACUGGUUGACUGACGUUGAGGAUUCAUUUGCUUCUGGGGUUUUCGUUGGGGUUGACAAGCAGCUACCGAGAUCACCGCAGGUCUUUCCUCCCAAGCUGAAACAUAGAAAGCUGGAUGAAACAGAGUUUGUGCCGAUUGCAGAGAACUAUGCUUCUGCCCAAGUUUCGGCAAAGGAGCUUGAGGACAAGUUUAGGGAGGAGGAGAGUUUGGGCCGCAUGCAUCCCUCUAAGCUGGGUGUCCUUAAACAGGAGUUUGGAGAUUCUUUGAGAGUGGCGUCGAUGGCUGCAAUCAUGAAGCCAGACGGAACUGUGAGGCCUUUGCAUGACGCCACCCACUCGGUGAUGGUGAACCACAGCAUUGUUUACAGGGACAAGAUAGAUUGUCCGGGCCCUGCUGAAAUAGCCUCUAUCGUGCGCGAGGCAACAUCAACUGGAGAGGCCCCCUUUUGCGUGAGCGCCGACAUUAAAGCUGCUCACAGGUUGGUCAAGAUUAGAAGACGCGAUUGGGGUUACUUGUGUUGCCGUGCAGACUCAGGUUCCAGCACAGUUUGGGUUAACCACACUGGCACUUUCGGUGUGGCAAGUGCACCAUACUGGUGGGCGAAGCUGGCUGGUCUCAUUGGGAGGUUUGUUGGCCACAUGUUCCACAAGCGCUGGUUGAUGCACAUGAUUUACGUUGACGAUUUGCAUGGUGCGUUUGUGGGGUGCGAGAAGUUCUUGCAUCUAUGGGUUUGGGUCCUGGCGUUUGAGAUGGUGGGCACACCGUUCGGAUACCACAAGUUCAAAGGGGGGUUCGCUUCUGAGUUUGUUGGAUACCACAUCAGAUAUGACUUGUCCCAAGUUGGGAUCACAGUCAAGCGAGGUGACUGGCUGGUGCAGUGGAUCUUAAAGGUGAGAUCCAAUGGAUAUGUGGUACCAGCCAGGGAGUUCGCUGAAUUUUUGGGGCGGCUUGGUUUCAUUUCACAACUCAUCACUUGGUUGAAGCCCCACUUGGCGCCACUUUAUGCCUGGUCAGCAGUGACUGCGAGGGGCACAGUUGGGCGCUUGCCGGAGACAAUCAUUUUGACCUUGAGGUACAUUGAAGUUCAGCUGACAACAGGGUCAUACAUGGAAACAAUGGAAAGGAAGACUUUAGAAGUACAUUUGGUUGCGGGUACAGACAACUUGGCCAACCAGGCCUUAUCGACCAAACGCUCAACGACGAAGUGGCCGUUGAUGGCAGUGAACAUGCAGUUAUCAGCAGCGCUCACGAGGGCUAGGCUGUCAUUAGGCCUUCAGUGGAGGCCGAGGGAAGAGAACACGGAGGCUGACCAACUAACAAAUGAAGAGUUUUCAGGCUUCAGGGAGGAUCAGAGGGUGGUGUUGACUUGGAGCAGUUUAGAGUUGUCUGUCUUGAUGGAAUUGGUGAGGACGAGGACAGAGUUUGAUCUUGCGAGGGACGCGGCAAGAGAGGCCGCCAAAGUGGCACCAAAGUUGCGCAAGGGAAAUGUGGACAAGUCACCAUGGUGA